ACAGUUGAAGCUAAAAUACGAAGCGAAUAGGAAGUGUCGUCGGAGCCCUCUGGUGCGAUCUUCUCUGUGAAUGCUGAUUACGUGAAUUAUUCGGGCGGUUUCGGUUACUUGCUAGAUAGUGUAGAACAUAAGCAGCGACGUGUUCUGCGGCGCGAGAGAAGACUGAUUGAUUUGCUAGAGUAGAGUGAUAAAUUAUGAUUGCAUGGAGAGAGUACUUGGCGGUAGUAGUGGUACUAGGUGUGUCGUUAGCGGUCAACGGCCAGCAAACCUGGUCAUCGAAACAAAACCCCAACCAGAAUAUGGUCUACUUGCAGCAGCAGCCUGAGCCGCAGUCACUGGCCAGACCGAUUCAGUUCCCUGCAUAUCGAGAAACUACACAGGCACCAGCAGCACCCGUCUCUAACCAAGGUCAAGCACAGUUCCAGUAUGACGCAGCAUCUUUCGCAAUCACUGAACUCGCCAGACGGGUUGGAGCGGUUUUGGGACAACAGAGUAAUGCUGGGGUAUUUUCACCUGUGAGCAUAGCCUGUGCUCUGUCGCUUCUGCUGCUCGGUGCGAGAAAUGAAACGCGCCGUGAGCUAAUGCAGGUAUUGAACUUUAAUCCCAACGAACAGGAUAGAAAUGCAAUUCAUCGCCAGUAUGGAAGAAUGCUACGACAAGUAGCCUCUACAACACCCGACGCACAACCAAUUCCAUGGCGCCAAACCGAUCGGUGCAGCGACGAAGAUGACGAUGACUACAGACAAGAAAAUGAAGUCACUCAUCUAGCCAAUGCAAUUUUUGUGCAACAAGGCCUGCCAAUAAACGCAAAGUUUGACGAGUUGUCUAGGUUGUUUUACAAUAGCUCAAUUUUAUCAUUAGAUUUCGCCAACAAUCCACAAAAAUCUGCAUUUAACAUAAACCGAUGGGCCAGUGAAAACACUUAUGGUAAAAUUAACCAGAUCAUUUCCGAUUCGAUCAACCCCGAUACGCAGAUGAUCGUGGCGAAUGCAUUGUACUUCAAAGGUCUCUGGAAGGAGAUGUUUGAGAAGCAAGCUACUAGCUACAAGAAAUUCUAUCCUGAUGGUCACGGUAACCCCUCAACGGCCAAAGAUGUCCUCACCAUGGCAGUGAUAGGAUGCUUCCCUUACUUCGAAUCCGCACAGCACAACGCCCGGAUCGUGGGUCUUCCAUAUCAAGGCGAGAAAACAGCUCUAUACAUUAUCAUACCGAACAAUUCCACCCGCCAACGGAUGCAGGAAUUUCAACGACAUCUAACAGCCAAGGACAUCGGCGAAAUGGUCGUGCAAAUGACUGUCCGAAAGGCGCUAGUUCAGAUUCCAAAAAUGAAAAUUUCCAACACUAUCAACCUGAGGGAUAUACUGAAGAAGCUGCAGCUGCAGUCCAUCUUUAGCCCAUCCACCAGUGAUCUGUCGGCGAUGUUGGACAACAGUGUCAAUCCGUAUGCCCGGCAACGGCUUUUCGCUAGCGAAAUCAUUCAUAAGGUGGAGCUGGAGAUCAACGAGAAGGGCACGGAGGGUGGUGCCAUCACGGCGUCCACCAUCUUUCGGUCACUGCCUUCGGUGCAGAUCCGAAUCGACGCACCGUUCCUUAUGAUGCUAGGCCACGAUGCUACUCGGCUGCCGCUGUUCUAUGGCACUAUCUACGAUCCGAGUGGUUGAAUGUUAACAUCUUGUCAGUGUGAA